CUGUUUCGUCGUCUGAAGAAGAAGAAGAAACGAAGAACACGUACAGUUAAGAAAGAAUCAUCGGUUUUGAUAUUCCAUUCCUCCCGCCAUAAUAAAGAGAAGAGAAGAGAAGAUGAACGACGGAGAUGUAUCGAAACAGAUUCAGCAGAUGGUCAGAUUCAUUCGGCAAGAGGCCGAAGAGAAAUCCAACGAGAUAUCCGUCUCUGCUGAGGAGGAAUUCAACAUUGAGAAGUUGCAACUAGUCGAGGCAGAAAAGAAAAAAGUACGCCAAGAGUAUGAACGCAAGACAAAGCAAGUAGAUGUUCGUAGGAAAAUAGAGUAUUCUAUGCAGCUGAAUGCAUCUCGCAUUAAAGUUCUUCAGGCACAAGAUGAUGCGGUAACUUCCAUGAAAGAUAAUGCCAGUAAGGAACUUUUGGCUGUUGCUAAUGACAAGAAUGCUUACAAGAAGCUUCUUAAAUGCUUGAUUGUUCAGAGUUUACUGCGUUUGAAGGAACCGUCGUUGUUGCUGCGCUGCAGAGAGAUCGACGUUUCUCCUAUUGACUCUGUUCUUUCUGAAGCAAAGAAAGAGUAUGCAGACAAACUCAAAGUAGCCGCGCCUACCAUUACUGUUGACAAACGCGUAUAUCUCCCUCCGCCUCCAAAGAGUGGAGAUUCUCACGAGAUUUCUUGUGCUGGAGGGAUGGUUGUGGCUUCUCAAGAUGGAAAGAUUGUACUCGAGAACACACUUGAUGCUCGUUUAGAUUUAGUUUAUCGUCAAAAACUGCCAGAGAUUCGCAAAAGCCUUCUUGGCAGAAACACGGCGUGAUCCUUAUAAGUUUGUGACAACAAGUUAGAGCUGAAGCCGUCAACAAACAUAACAUAACCGGGAGAUCGUUUGUUUUGAAUCCUUUGUUAGUAUUUGUUUCUGCAAAAUGUUAAUAAUAAUAUGAGCUCACUCUAAAACCUAACAUUUGCCUUGUUCUUCUUGUUCUUCUUCAUCUGGCAAUUGAGAAGUGACUCUUUACUACUGGUUGUCUUGGUUGGAUACACAAUAAAUAAUUUGAAUUUUAUGGUUCAUGCCUUUU